GAUCUUUGUGUUCCUCAGUACUUCCAUCUCUUCACUGAAUCCUACAUCCAAAAUAUAGUUAAACCAAUUCCAGAACUGAUCUGAAGGAGUUCCCAUUCAUUGCACAUAGCAGGAAAAUUUUACUGUAUUGUUUAAGAAAAAAGACAAGGAAGUAUAAAUAUCUCUUUUGGCUUCGUAUAGACCAGUGAUGGUGAACCUUUUCAGCACUGAGUGCCAAAGGGAGCGUGCUUGGCUGGGCCACAACCUGAAAUAGGAACUGCUCAGGGUGCAUGCGUGAUGGCCAAAUGAACUUCUGGUUCUAGUUUUCUGGGUUUUGGCGCGCAUGCAUGCAUGACGAUCAGCUGCCUGGCGUGCAUGAUCAUGCAGGAAAACAGAAGACCAGCUCUUCCAGUUUCCAGCACCGCUGCACGUAUGAAAGCCUGCUAAUCAUCGCCCGUGCAAGAGCGCCAGGAACCCAAAAAGAGGCGAAGCCAUGUGUGCCAGGCGACAUGGCUCCAUGUGCCACUUCGGGCAUGCAUGCCAUAGGUUCACCAUCACAGGUAUAGACAGUGCCAGCCAGUAACCAGCAAGACACUGGAGGCAUCUCAGUGGCCUAAUAUUACAAAAAUUAUCUUUCAAAUAUAAGAUUGUGUUCUAAAUCUCUGGAUUAUAAUGUAUGUUUGUGUCACAUUUGACUGCCUCUUAAUAUACCUAGUGGCAAGCGAUAUACAUAUUAGUAGUUACAGAUUAAUCAGGGAGACUCCAGAUUUCGGCAUGAAUGGUUUGUAGUUGACCGUCAACACUGAAAACACCCUUGAUGAUCAUCAUGAUUUCUUUCCAUGAUAUAGCAGUCCCUCAAUCGCUGCUGAUGUUCACAUUUUUAGCAAAUGCCAGAUUUUUUUUGGGUGAGGCAUUGCUUAAUCUACAACAAGGAGCAACAUAAGUUCCUCUUCUCCAACCCUUGUGUCUAGUAAAGCAAAGUAUUUGUCUGGUACAAGUCUCUCUUUUCUGUUUUAAUUAGCACCUCUUGAUUUUCCAGGGAAACAUGAAAAAGCUUUUGUACCUCAUCUUCCUGGUCUACUUGUCAGAAGUGUCCACAGCUGAGAUAAUUACAGAGAUUUCCGGUGUUGAAGGAGAGCCCAUUUCUAUCAAUUGCUCCUAUAGUCCUCAGACAAACCAAUGGAGAGAGAAAAGUUGGUGUAAGCACAUAAGUGAGGCAACAUGCCAGCAUGUUGUCAGUGCCCGACGUUUUUGGCUGCCCUUCCUCAAACGAAGAAAUGGCACUACUGCCAUUGCUGACAAUAUCCAGAAAGGGGUGCUCAUGAUAACCAUCAAUCCACUCCAGAAAGAGGAUGCUGGUUGGUAUCAGUGUAUGACACAUUUCUUGGGGACUGUGAAGACCCUGCAGAAGGUCAAGGUGAAUGUUCUGACAAGUAUAGAGAACUCUAAUGUACAAGAGACACCCAGAAUCCUUCACAGCAUCUCCAGCUCGUCUUCAAAUGCUGGAGUCAAUCUCACCUUCCUGGUAGCUGGCUUUCUUGGCUUCAAACUACUGGUUGCUAUUAUUAUCCUAAUGGUUGCCAGACGCAAGAAGAGAACUACUGGGAAUGACAGCAGAGGAGAAAACCAGCAUUUUCACCUCCCAAUGACCACAGAAGUUCUCAGAAACAGAGAACUUGCUGGCUCCUAUUGUCAUCUUAAUUAUUACCAGAAGCAAGAAGAACCGAACAGAUCCUGAAGAACUUACUGUUUCAGAAGCUCUUGCCAUUCUAGACAAAACCUCUGUGCCGUUUUUAAUGCAGACACUGAAGCAAUGAGUCAGGCCUUUGAAAUCAUGCAACCAACUGCAGCUCACGAGUUCUCCCAAUGACUCAUUGGCCGGCGUUGCUUUUGGAUUCUGAAUUUUUACAAUAGAUUGCGAUUUAUUUUUUUCAGUCUUUUUUCUAAAUCUCAGUGGUAAAAAUGAAAACUAUUGUUUUAAAAGCAGUGUCAGUAUACUAACAUAUUUUUGCUGUUUUUAAAAGGAUGACUCCUAUAACAGCUAUGGCCAUUGGCUUUAUGUGCCUCUCCGCCUCAUUUCAUUUUAUUACUCUUCUGCCUGUUCCUGUUUCCAACGUAACAGGAAAGAACCAGCAUGAGUGAAUUUGAUAGAAGGAGAAGAACAAAUAAGAAUUCAUAGAUCAGUAUCCAUGGGUGAAGUCCAAAGACAAGAUGAGAAAGAGUCCAAAUCAGGCACUUGGAGUUCCCCUUGCACAGCCAAAUUUGGCCAACAAGGCACUGAGAAUCUGAAAUGAAUGCUCCUUGCAGUUAUACUGUUAAUAGCACCAUAUCUUGGUGAGCAAACGGCACAUGUAAUAAUAAAUAUAGCUUUUCUCUUUCUCUCCACUCUUACUAUCAAACAGAGGAUGGCAUAGAAAAAUAAGAGGUUGCAGCAAAAUGUACAUAUCGCCAAGAACUCAGAGCAAAAGAAUAAAAAAGGAAUUUCCAUUCUGA